GCACGUUUUGAACUACAAUUAUUUGGUGGCUAUGUGGCUCGCUCAAUCUGUAACUGGGUUAAAGGGCACUGAAUUUAAACUUUGAUCGCUAAGAGUGUUGGCAGGUUGCGUAUUCUGCUCAGGAGAGGGCAACGAGCCAGACAAACUACCUGUUGUGAUUAGCGUAGGUGACGACAUAACUUAUCCAGUUUAUGAGUUUAUGUGCAGGCUCAACCAACCACUCUUAAACCGAUGUCUUUGUUAAUGCAAUGCAGCGAGUGAGGUCAUGUACCAGAUGUGUCAAUGGCAUUGUUUUAAUUGAUUCCGUGUGCCAUCCCUUCUCUGUGCAUGUGGUCAGCAAUCUACUCGUGGUGCUACGUGUGAUGUGUUGUGUGUGUGAACGCAGGACACACUGCUUUGCCAGUAAUGUGCUCGAUGCGCUCAUUGGUGCGUCCCUCCAACGUGUCACCAGUUUUGGUGGAUUACCCCAGAUAUCUUCACCGUCGGGAGGGUGAAACACCAUUCCUUUUUCUCAACUCUUGUCUUCACGGUGCUGUCAACAAGGACCUCUGACAACAUUUUUUUGAAACUUAUUACUUUCAAAGAACAACUCAGGAAAAAGGAUUUGAAGACUUGUAUUUGUUCUUUUACGCACGCCUAGCACAGAAAUACAUUUCUUUACUUCAGAGUCGAGGAUGACGCAGUCUUCUGUACUUCCAGCGUUUCUGUUUUUUGCACAAUUGCUGUUGCAGGGUCUCUGGGUCAGUGGCUCCCCUGGCUGCGCGUCCUGUGGUUUGCCUGCGAUGGAGAGAGACAAAGAGGAAAGUCUGAUGAUAGAGUUCGCCAAGCAGCAACUUUUGGACAAGCUGCACCUGAAAGAGAGACCAAACAUCACUCAGACGGUGCCCCGGGCAGCGCUCCUCAUUGCACUGCGCAAACUUCAUUCGGGGCGCGUCGGACAAGAUGGUACUCUUGAAGUUGCAAACAGUAGACCCAUACCUACCAACGACCAAGGAUAUGAAAUAGUGAGCUUUGCAGAUCUAAGUGAGACAGAGAUUGGUGAUACGGCCAGCCUCAGUCUAACCUUCCAGUUUCUGCAGGAACAUGGCCAAAGCAUCCAGGUGCUCCAGUCUUCUUUGUGGAUCUACGCCCGCUCCUCUGAGGACCGUCAUCGAGACUCCCGCCUCUCUGCCCGUGUCUUCCUCUCAGCAGAAGGUGGGUUGUCAGGCUCUAACCGCACCCUGGUGAUGGAAAAGAUGCUGGAGGUCCAGGAGAGUGGCUGGCACACCUUCCCCAUCACCCGCACCCUGCAGGCCUUCCUGGAUGGCGGCCAGCGCCGGCUGCAGCUGGAGGUUAGCUGCGAUGAGGAUGGGAAGAACCUUUGCUCCCUGGAUGGUUCUGACACCCCCAACCAGCCCUUCUUGGUGGCCCAGGUGCGUCUACGUGACGACCACUCCAAACACACACUUAGGAAGCGCUCGUUGCGUUGUGGUGACGAUGUAAGCGUGUGCUGCAAGAGAGACUUCUACAUCAAGUUCAAGGAUAUCCAGUGGCACGACUGGAUCAUUGCUCCUGAAGGCUACCAUAUGAACUAUUGCAUGGGUCAGUGCCCCCAACAUCUGGCUGGCUCUCCAGGUAUAGCAUCCUCAUUCCAUGCAACUGUCUUCAGCCAGCUGAAAGUCAACGGCAUAAACACAGCUGCAUCUUCAUGUUGUGUUCCCACUGAGCGCCGUCCACUCUCUAUGGUGUACUUCAACUCCCAGCACAGCAUUGUCAAAACGGACGUCCCUGAUAUGAUAGUGGAGUCCUGUGGAUGUACAUAAAUGUAUGAAAGACAUGAGUAUGAAAGACAUGGCAUAGUUAAUGUAUAUUUGUUUCAACAAAGGAGCAUUAUGUCUAGACAGAAAGAUAACACACAAGAGCAGAGCAGGUGAAGUAUUUUUCUAUAUAGACAGUAGUUUGAGACAGCCAACUCUAAUUAUGUUGAUACUUGUACUGUAAAAAAGAAAAUAGUAGUAACAAGUUUGCUUUGUUUCAAAUUAGACAAGUGUGUUGAAAUAGACACAUUUAGCAGCAUAAUGUAAACAACUAUAAUGUCACAAACAUCGUUUCAAAAUUACUACAUUAGGGAAAUACAGGCACACUUUUUAUUUAUUUAUAUUUUAAGAAAUUGUCACUUAUAUUUUUUUAUUUCACUUUAAAGUAAUGCGCAGUAUGUAAACAGCUAGUUGAGUGCUUAGAAGCAAUUGAGUGAAUCUAAAUAAGAAUAUACAGUGAGUCUGAAUGGAGACGCAUUUUUUAUUCAUAUGUCAGAGGCUUUAACUAAAGAGAGAAUAUAAACAAAGCCACCUUAAAAUACAGCAGGCUCAACAUAGAAAAAGUGUGAUAUUAAUGUAAGACAUUUAUAGUGGUGACAAGAAGAAGAAGAAGGCCAGGGCUGAUUGAAGUUCUGCUUAUAUUAAAGGUCACACAAAGCCCAUUGAGACACGUAUGAAGCCUUCACUGUAGUGUACAUUUCAAAUCUUUUUUGUUUCUUUUCGUCAUAUGCAGGUUAUUUAUUUUGUCUUUCACAAUUGCUGGUGGGAUUUAGUCCAAAGUCAAAUGUUUUAAUGGAUCUCAGGAAAUUGGGAUCAGAACUGACUGCAAUUCUCUUUCAAAACAUUAGCUGCAGUAUGUUUUUAUGUAAUAGUCCCUGUGGCCACAUUAAAAAGCUAAUCACACAUGUGCUCUAAUUAUACAAGUGCUCCUCCUGCCAUAUGUCAAAAUGUCUGCCAUGGAAACCAUUUACACCCAUAUACUUUAAACACUUUAAAACAAUGAGAGAGAUCCUUAAUUAAAAGUGUGCCUUUUUUAGUAACUUGUGAUGACAAAGUUCAACUUAGAGUAUUAAGUCAUCUUGGCCUAAAUACCCAAGAGAAUCCAUUGAGUACUGCCUAAUACAGUAUUUAUAUGUGGAAUUUAGACACAUUGUUCAUGCAGAUUUUGUUUGUAUUGUUUAUAUGACCUUUUUCCUAAAUUACACCUCACAAACAUAUUCAUUUUAUUGUGAAGUUGUGAUAUGAUUGAACUGAAACGGUUUUAAAAAAGUGCAAUCUGCCAGUCUGGGUUUUGUCUGAGCACACCCGAUGCUGCAUGCAGGUUGAUAUAUGUUUGAUCAGCAUCUCCACUGUAUUAUUUACACAAGUCGGCUAAUCAGUUGGGUAACUAAGUCUGACAGCAUAUGAACCCAAGGUUAUUCUCAGCAGCGUGAGCAAACAUUUAGCUAUUGCUACAGUGUCAGCUUAUGUGAAGGUCUGUGAGGCAGGUGGGUCAAUGAGCAUGUGGUGUUGCACGUUGGCAUUUAUACCUCUCAAAGUCUAAAGUUUUCUGGGACUAUGUAAAAUUAGAAGCUUUCCAGCUAAAGGCAAUCUAGUAAUUUUUGGGAAUUUGAACAAAACAUCUUCAUUGUAUCCCAAAAAGCACAAUUUAUACUCCUAGGAUUGAGAAGUGACUACAGUAUGUCCACACAAAAUUAUCAAGUAAGGUAUAUUUAAAAAUGCUAGCAUUAGUACUAAAAUAAAAGUGUGAAGGGCACCAUUGCCCCACAUUGCAACACACUUUAAACCACUUUUUAUGAGAUUGUCAAAUUUGAAAGAUUUACACCUGUCAGCACAUGCCUUGUGUCAUUUCAUGCUAGGAAGAACUAUCUAGUAAAAUCAUGUAUUGUAUACCAAUGACAUAAGUAUUACACUGCUAGUACCAAGACCCAGGCCUUGUCUUCUACUCGCCUAUGUUUGAACCAAAAGCCAAAGAUAUUUUCUGCUGUUUGGACGAUGUUUCAUGGGUUUGUCCUUACUGUCUUGUCAGGCAAUAAGUUGGGGCAUUUUACCCAAACAGGUUUUGCAUUUCUUUUCUGUCCAAAUAGCCCACAAACUUGUUUCACCUUAUCUCUGUUGCCUGUAAAAGCUAUUCUUUUAUCAUUUCUUGCAACCUGUGUAAAACUAUUUUAAUGCUAGAGAUUAUUGUGUAUUAUUUAAUCUUGCAAGCACCCCCUGUCCCAGGACUCAAUGUGACACUGAGGUGCUGUCAUAACAUAACUUAUUAAGCACUUUAUUACCCUACUGUAUUUUUAGAGCAAAUUUUGCUUUAAGGGUCUACUACUUAUAACUCAGGGUGGCACGUCAUUCAGCUUAUUUUCUUAAGUUCUAGUUGUUUCUAGUGUUUAAAUGCAUUGUAAUGCAUGUGUUUGCAGAGCACACAGAUUUCUGUAUACUGUAACUGGUGGAGAAAUAGGGCCAGGAUUUACAUUUUUUUGUCAAUUGAAAGUUUUAAUUAUUGUCUUUAUUUUUAUAUCAUGCAUUUUGUGCAUAAUGAAUGUUUUGUAAUUGCAAAUAAAUGCAAAAGGUUUGCCACAAUGUCCUGAAAUGAUAUGAAUACAGUUAAAGUAUAUUUUUGAAUA